AUGCUGUCGAGUCCUCUCCGCAAUUGCUAUUCUUCACCAACGCCAUCGUUGGCACCAUCACAAGGCGGACAGGGAUCAGAGCGAUGGGCCACGGUCAUCGCGCGAGGUGGUGUAGCCAGCUUCAUCGACGGCCUGACCAUUCCCGUGGCACUCACCGUUGGCCUAUCAUUCCUGACCACCGCGAAAUUCCUCCUCACGAUAGGUCUAGGAGCACUCGUCGCAGGAGCGGUAACCACCAGCCUCGAGACAUUUCUCACAGCAAGAAUCGAUCAGAAACGAUAUGACGAGGAGAGAUCAACCAUGCGACAACGGACCAUCGCCGCCAUCGCCGGGGAGGGUCGCAGUCUGGGUGUUAUUGGAGGGGUAGAAAUGGUUGGAGAAAUUCUGGGGAGGUAUGGUGUCGGUCAUGGACCUUGCAAGGGCGUAGUGGAAGAUUUGAGACGUGACGAGGUGUUGUGGGUGCAGUUCAUGAUGGAUUUCGAAUCGAGGCUCGCCAGGCCAAAAGUGGGCAUCGCAUGUGUCGAAGGGCUCGUCAGGGGUUUGGCGUACUUUCUCGGCGGCCUGUUACCCAUGAUCCCUUACUUCCCGAUGAAACGAAUCGAAGUCGCUCUAUUCGUAUCGAUCGGAGCUGCUGGCGUCUUACGAAUCAUCGCCGGUUAUGCCAAGCAAAUCGCGAACGGAUGUUCACGCCGAAUUGCAGCAUGGGAUGCCCUGCAGACGUUGGUCGUCGGCGCGGCUACAGCUGCAGCAUCAUAUGGGGCUGUGCGAGGCCUGUGUUCGUCAUCUCUACAAUAA